UGCUUCAUUGGUUCCCCUCUUCACUUCUGACUGAGCAUGUGUGUGUGUGCCGCUUAGCUGUUAGCAUCAGCAGAUAUGGCCGCAGACAAGCAAAACGACGUUAAACUGUCCUCCGUGGAUGAAAAUAAAGAAAAUAAACCGGAUGGAGGACUUGGACUGGAGAUUUUGCAAAUAAUCAAGGAGUCCCAGCAGCAACAUGGCCUCAGACACGGAGACUACCAGAGAUACAGGGGUUACUGCUCCCGCAGACUGCGUCGCCUUCGCAAGACUCUUGGCUUCAAGAUGGGAAACCGACACAAGUUCAUUGGGAAGAAAAUAACUGUUGAGAUGCUUUCUGACAGCAGGUAUCUGUUGCUGGUAUUAAUGGAGGCAGAGCGUGCAUGGAGUUACGCCAUGCAGCUGAAGCAGGAGGCCAACACAGAGCCACGUAAGCGCUUUCACCUGCUGGCACGACUACGCAAGGCUGCUAAGCACAGUGAGAAGCUGGAGAAGCUCUGUGAGAGCCCAAAUGUUGACGCCAAGACCAAACUUGAGGCUCAGGCCUACACUGCAUACCUGACCGGUAUGGUUGAGUUUGAACUACAGGAGUGGAAGCUUGCAAUGGAGGCCUUCAAUAAGUGCAAAACAAUCUAUGAGAAGCUGGCCAGUGCUUUCACCGAGGAGAUUUCAGUUCUGUAUCGCCAGCGUGUGGACGAGAUAUCACCAAACAUCCGCUACUGUGCUUACAACAUUGGGGACCAGAAUGCCAUCAAUGACUUGAUGCAGAUGAGGUUGAUUGGUGGAGGAGGAGGCAUGAUGGCUGAGAAACUAGAGGACCUGAUCACUCAGGCGAGAACCAAGCAGGCUGCCACCAUGAGUGAGGUGGAGUGGCGAGGGCGAACGGUGCCUGUUAAGAUUGACAAGGCCCGCAUCUUCCUGUUGGGACUGGCAGACAAUGAGGCUGCUAUCGCUCAGACGGCGAAUGAGGAAACCAAAGAGCAUCUGUAUGAGACCCUGCUGGCCGAGUGCAGAGACACCAUCCAGGCUGUGAGAGAGGAGCUCAAGAGUGAGACGAAGCAGCGAGAGAGGAGCUCUGAGGGUGACAGCGGCAAGGUGUCAAACCUGCAGUUCCUGCACAGUUAUCUGACAUACAUCAAGCUGUGUACGCUGGUGAAGAGGAAUGAGAGCAUGGCCCAUAAUCUGCAGGCCAAACUGAAGGAACCCGAAUCGGACGAGAACAAGAGAGGGCCCCGUCCACAGGAUCUCAUCCGCCUCUACGACAUCAUCCUGCAGAGUCUGGCUGAGCUCUCCACCCUGCAGGGUCUGGAGGACGACCACACCUUCCAGAAGGAAGUGUCCCUCAAGAUUCUGGUCUACAAGGCCUACAGGUGUUUCUUCAUAGCUCAGUCUUAUGUGCUGGUGAAAAAGUGGAGUGAGGCGCUAGUCCUGUAUGAGAGGGUGCUGAAAUACGCCAAGGAGGUCCAGUCUAAAGCCAAAAGCCUCAACAACAGCCUCAAGGAUCUCCCGGACGUUCAGGAGCUCAUUGCCGAGGUCAACGCUGAAAAAUACUCCCUUCAAGCUGCUGCUAUUUUAGACACUGAUGAGACAGCUGAAGUUCCCUCUCAACAGCAGGUCAAAGACAACACGCCCCUCUGCAACCGCCUGGAGACCUUCCGCCUGGACACCACCCUCGUGGGAAAGCAGCCCAAUUUGGUCCAGUUCCCUCCCGACUUCCAGCCAAUCCCCUGCAAGCCCCUGUUCUUUGACCUUGCUCUCAACCACGUGGCCUUCCCACCGCUGGAUGACAAGGUGGAGCAGAAGGGCAAGGGCGGCCUCACCGGCUACAUCAAGAACAUGUUUGGCUUUGGCAGCUAAAUCGACCCCUCCUCCUGGGCUUUUUUUCUCCAUCAGAGAGCCACAAGGCCCCGAGUUUACCAAACAACCAGACUUGGGUCAGUUGUUACACAGAAUAAUUUAAAUUACUUUUAUGUUUCAAUUUUUAGUGCCUAAGUGCAACAUGGGUGGAGUUUGCAGCUCCGAGGAAGGCAGAGUGAGUCUAAGAAAGAUUAUAGAAAGGUAUUCAAAUACAUUUCAAGUAGCAAUAUGACCCAAGUUCACCUGUCACCUUUUAAUAACAUCAGCUGCACGGUUUCCUAGUAUCCAGGCUCCCUCCUUUAUUUGAGCUGUGGAGGUGUCUGUGACUUUCAGGUUUUACAGGUUACCUGCCAUGGUCUCAAAGUACAGCCAAGUAGUCAAUCUCACAAUCCUGUCAGAGUAAACAAAGCCACUUAGGCAUCAUUAGUAGUUAUUUUAAAAAAAUGUUCAGUGUUGUCACCGCCUUGAUGUAAUAGCAUCUAAUUUUUUUCUUUGUGAGAGAUGUUUUCUGCACCAUUUCUCAAACAUUAAAUUUACAAAGUGCAGUUUUGUUAUGGCAGCUACUUUGACUUAAAACAAAGUAGUGCUUAUCAAAUACCACAGUCCUGUGACAUGUCAAGCUGUUUCAUCAAUCAUCAUGGUUUCUAAAGACGUCAGCCCGUUUCUUCCCUCCACCUCUUUGCUCUGGUCUCUCCUGCUUUUGACCUCCAUGUGCUGACAAGUCAGUCGGGAAGAAUUUUUUGAAAAGCCUGAAAGUUUUAGGUGCAUCAACAGGAUGAAAGACAAAGCCAUGAAUCAAGUGUGAAAUGUUUUUUUUUUUCUUUUUUUUUUUAAUGCUGGAUGAUUCAGUGUUUUAAUUUGUCAACUACAACCCACACUGGUCACUGUUUAUGUUGUCCUGUAUGACAUGUGGCACUAAACUUGCCGUCAUGUUAGAGAAGGGUCCAACUGCUUCAGCCCGUCUAGAUGGACGCCGCAGUGUUUAACAACCGUCAGUGUCUUGUGUUUUCAUGGCACAUUUUCCACAAAAAGGCCUGUUAGCAGCGCUUCAGACUUUAAUUAACUAACGUGAUGCUUUUAUUUUGACAUUAUUUAUGCAUUUAAGCAAAAUCAAUGUCGUUGGACUGCAGUCAGCGUUAAGGAAUGGGCGGAGCUUUUAGCAGACUUUCAUCCAUCAUAACACCACGCCUGUUUGUCCGUCAUGAGUAGGAUAAAAUAUCUUCAUCACCUAAUGACAUUUCUGUGGGUAUACUGUAACUAUAAAGACCUUUUGUUAUACAGUGUUUGCUGGUCAUAAUGUCCACAUCAAAGCCACUCUUUUCCUCUGAUCCUUAAGGGACCUGGUUUGCCUGUGAUACCUGGUAAAACACUAAAGCUAGAGGAUUGUUUCUGUGUCACUCUCCCACUUGAACAUUUAACUGUUUUGCUUACUAAUUUUUAUCUGACUUUCGUUUUAAUUUGUUUUUGAUUUAUUCCCCUUUAGUGUUUUAUGUUAAAGAAUUUAGAUGGUCGUGCUGGAACAGUUCCAGCACUUUACCUCGAUUUGCCUGGGGAAAAAAAACACUUAGUCAUGAUUAAUAAUUGUUGGAAACCUAAGCAGAGAACCUAAGAGAAAUGGAAUUAUGAGAAUGUAUGAUUUGAUUUGAUUUCCAGGCCUAUGAUUAAAAUAUAUUUGCACCAAA